UCAAUACACCAUCUAGAAUAUUCUUCUCUCUUCCUCGUCAAGCACACAUGUCGUCAUUGCUCGCGACUUCACUGUCUGGAAACUCCUAUAUAUAGACGGUUGCUCUGUGAACUUAGACACCAUUCAGCAUCAAAUUCGAGAAUUAAGCAGGAACAUCAGAACACCCUGUGAACAACUACAACAACAAGAAAAACAUCAUCAAUGGCUGCAGCAACCGUGAAUGAGCACCUUCCCACACCCUUGGAUGCCACUUCUGAACCACCUCCACUGUUUGAUGGAACUACAAGGUUGUACAUCUCUCUUUCAUGCCCAUUUGCACAGCGCACGUGGAUCACCAGGAACUAUAAGGUGCAGGGAUUAUAUGACAAGAUUAAAGUAGUUCCAAUUAACCUUCAAAAUAGGCCUGCUUGGUACAAAGAGAAAGUGUACCCUGAAAACAAGGUACCCUCAUUGGAACACAAUGGAAAAGUUAUUGGGGAGAGCCUUGAUUUGAUUAAAUAUAUAGACAGCAACUUUGAAGGGCCUUCUCUUCUCCCCAAUGAUCAUGCUAAAAAACAGUUCGCUGAAGAUUUGAUAGCCUACACCGAUACCUUCAACAAGACAGUUUACACAUCAUUCAAAGGAGACACAGUUAAAGAAGCUGGUCCUGCUUUUGACCACCUAGAGAAUGCUCUUAGUAAAUUUGAAGAUGGGCCUUUCUUCCUUGGCCAUGAGUUCAGUUUGGCGGACGUAGCUUACAUCCCGUUUGUUGAAAGAUUCCAAAUUGUCUUUUCAGCGUUGUGGAAUUAUGACAUCACUGCAGGAAGGCCUAAACUUGCAAAGUGGAUUGAGGAGGUAGACAAAAUUGAUGCUUAUAAGCCAACAAAGACGGAUCCCAAAGAGCUCGUUGAAUUCUACAAGGCCCGCUUCUUGGCUCAGUAGUGAACAAUCCAGCAGGGCUUUUGGACAUUAAUAAGCUAAAUAAGUGGCUGUGUGCCUGUGUUCUGUACUAUUGGAAAAUAUGAAUUGUCUCAGUGUGAGCUUGUGAUCAGUAUGCAUGGAUUACUUAAAUAAAUAGAAGUUGGUAGUGUACUGAAACAGUUAUUGUAUGUUGAUAAAUGAUAAUUAUGUUUUGAACUUGUUUAAAUAUAUUAUACAUGUGUUUUUCUUUCA